AAUAAGUUGACCUUAUUCUUAAACAAACUACAUAAUUACAGGCUAGUUGGCGAAGCCAAAACUAUUGCCCAAUUGACCAAGUCGAUCACAAACUAAAGUUGACACAAGCAUACCAUUCUGACAGUAUAAUUCAUGAGAUGACACUAUAAUUUCAGUAAUAACUUCUAAGCAAGAAAAACUUGUAUUAAGAAUGGUGCUUUUUUGCCCGUUCUUUUUCAAAUUUCUUUGUAUUUUAGCUGUCAGAGUCCUGGUUCAUGGACAGGAUCAAUCAGGCUUCAUUAGCCUUGAUUGUGGCUUGCAAGCAAAUUCUAGCUAUACAGAUGAAAAGACAGGCCUAAAGUACAUUUCAGAUGCAGCAUUCAUUGAAACAGGCGUAACUAAGAGCAUAGCACCUGAAUUUCUUGGUAGCUUCAACCAGCAACUACGGCAGGUUAGGAGCUUUCCUAAAGGCGAUAGAAAUUGUUACAAAGUGGAACUUGUUAAAAACACUAGAUAUUUGAUCAGAGCUACUUUCCUGUAUGCAAAUUAUGAUGGCUUAAAUAAGCUACCAGCAUUUGAUCUGCAUAUAGGACCUAAUAAAUGGGUUAAUGUGCAAAUUACCAAUCCAUUGAUUUAUCCGAUAAAGGAGAUAAUUCAUGCUCCUACAUUCAACAACAUAUACGUUUGUCUUGUAAGAACAGGCCCCUGGACACCUUUCAUAUCAGCAUUAGAAAUAAGACCUUUGCAUAAUAGCACAUACGUAGCCCAGUCAGGAUCUCUGUCACUCUUCAAUCGCGUGGAUGUUGGUUCUUUAACAAAUCAAACAAUCAGGUAUCCAGACGAUGUUUAUGAUCGUAUGUGGCUUCCCUUUCAUUUCGACAAAGGGACAGAUAUAAGUACCAAAGAAAAUAUUACUUCUGGUAUUGAUUAUUUUCAGCUACCAUCAACUGUUAUGAACAGUGCAACCGUACCACUUAAUGCUAGCGAGCAAAUAAUACUGAAUAUAGACACUCAGGAUAAUACCUUUCAAGCGUAUGUCUACAUACACUUUGCUGAAAUUGUUAGGCUUGAACCAAACCAAUCCCGUCGAUUCAACAUUUCUCUGAAUGGUAAGAUCUUGUACGGACCUGUUACUCCUAAACACUUGGAGGCAACCACUGUAUACAGCCAGUCAGCCAUCCCGGGAGGAAAGUUUCUGUUUUCUUUCUACGGAGUUGGAGGUUCAACCCUACCACCCCUUCUCAAUGCACUUGAACUUUACUCCGUAGUAGAUCUUUUACAUUCAGAAACAAAUCAAGUAGAUGUUAAUGCUAUUACGAAGAUUAAGUCAACUUAUGGAAUAACAAGAAACUGGCAAGGAGAUCCAUGUUCUCCACAGGAUUAUAAAUGGGAUGGUCUUAACUGCACCUACAGCAAUACUGCUUCACCAGUAAUCACAUCAUUGGAUUUUUCAUCGAGUGGAUUGACAGGGGAGAUAGAUCCUGAUAUAUCCAAUCUAAAAUGGCUGGAAACUCUGGAUUUAUCAAACAAUAGUUUAACUGGACCUGUGCCUGAUUUUCUCUCUCAACUGCCCUUGAAAUCACUAAACUUGGCAGGAAACAAUCUCACAGGGACAAUUCCAGCGGACCUCUUUAAUAGAUGGCAAAGUGAUCUACUGUUUUUAAGUGUUAGCGGAAAUCCACAGCUUUGUGCAUCAGUUUCUUGCAACUCUGACAACAAGAAGAAUAUUACGGUUCCAGUUAUAAUCUCGGUUACUGCACUUUUUGUCAUUAUAGCAGGAUCAGCAAUCAUAUUGUGGAGGCUUAAGAAAAGAAAACAACAAGGUACAGUUCCAAACGGGUUUUGUUGGGUAAUGAUAUGGCCAGUAGUUGGGAAGAUGGAAGCUGAAGCCAAGAGAGAACCACUGGAACUCCAAAAACGACAGUUAAGAUACUUUGAAAUCGUGCAGAUUACGAAUAACUUUCAGAGGAUUCUUGGUAAGGGAGGAUUUGGAACAGUUUACCAUGGUCACUUGGAUGAUAUGGAAGUAGCAGUAAAGAUGCUCUCUCCAUCCUCUGCUCAAGGAUAUAAGGAGUUUCAGACAGAGGUGAAGCUUCUUCUUAGAGUUCAUCAUAGAAACUUGACAUCCUUGGUUGGAUAUUGCGAUGAAGGCAACAAGAUGGCGCUUAUUUAUGAGUACAUGGCUAAUGGAAAUUUAAGAGACAAUCUCUCAGAUGGCAACGGGAACUUCUUAAGUUGGGAAGAAAGGCUACGAAUAGCCCUUGAGGCAGCACAAGGACUGGAGUAUCUUCACAACGGUUGCAAGCCACCAAUCAUACACAGGGAUGUGAAGCCUACAAACAUAUUGCUGAACAAUAAAUUCCAAGCAAAACUAGCUGAUUUUGGGCUGUCAAGAAUUUGCCCGGUUGAAGGUGGCUCUCAUGUGUCAACCAUUGUUGCUGGCACUCCAGGCUACCUUGAUCCUGAGUACUACGCAACCAACUGGUUAACUGAGAAAAGCGAUGUGUUCAGCUUUGGAGUUGUUCUGUUAGAGAUAAUUACAAGCGGACCUGUAAUUUCAAAAACUAGGGACGGGGACACGACUCAUCUAAGUCAAUGGUUUAGUUCCAUGGUUGAAAAAGGGGACAUUCAAAGUAUUGUUGAUCCAAGGUUAGGAGAUGAUUUCGACAUCAAUUCACUCUGGAAAGUUGUAGAAUUAGCAAUGGCUUGUGUUUCUGCAACUUCUGCUCAAAGGCCCACUAUGAACCAAGUGGUGAUAGAAUUGAGCGAGUGCUUAGCUACAGAGACGGUGAAAACAGAGGGAACUAGCUCUCAGUCAUAUAGUACUGUCUUGCAUACUGAACUAACUCCACUGGCAAGAUAGGUUAUCAAUUUUUUUUGUUUCUCAAAAUCAACUGCGGUGAAUAUGGAAAAUUUUAUAUUCUGUAAUUUAUUGAAAUCAAAAUGAAUGACUGAAACCAUUAGGAUGUGGCCUCGUGCCCAGGCUAUUUGCGGGA